AUGUCUUCACGAGCAUUGCGGAGGGCGCAAAAGGAGCUGGAAGAGAAACAAAUCCAGGAAAGACUUGCACAGGACCAAGAAGAUGAGGAAGAGUCGGAACCCGAGGAGGCCCCAAACACAAAGGCGAAACCCAGUUUGUUCGCUCUGUUAGGAGACAGUGGCGGUGUUGAAGAUGAGGAUGAGGACGAGGACGAGCCACAGGGAGAUCGUGGGCCAAGCGCAGAUGCUUCCGACGAUCACGCACACGUUACGUCAAAACCUUCAAAGAAGAGUAAGAAGAAGAAAAAGAAGGCAAAGAACAAGGGAAAGGAAAAGGCUACAGACACUGCUGAAAGUGCUGCUGUGGCCAAGGGUCGAUCAGAUCUUGAUGAAAUUGAUCAGGCACUUCUUGCCCUCAACUUGAGCGCAAGGGGUCAAGCCGUCACUGGUUCGGACGAGCAAGAUGCGGCCGUCAGCGAGGAGAAGAAGCAACUUUUCUCCGUCCUCAGCGUCGAAAGCCCAAAUUUGCAUGAUGCCAACGAGAUGAAGAAGUUGUUCGGCCGGGCUACUCUGCAAAAUACCGAGGAUGAAGGGCGAAAUCGACGUGGCCAGCAGGGCGGCAUCGCAGCUGCGAUUGCAGGACGUAACGGUCCCGGCGCUCGCAAUCUUGCUUCCUUGGGUCUCCGUAGGAACAUCUUCAUACAAGGCAAAGAGGAGUGGCCGCGUGCUACAUCUGGCGGUCUUGGAAUGGAAAUUGUCGAGAAGCGAGCAGAUGGCUCUGUUGAAUACAAGUUUGUGCACAACCGCAUGUAUCAAGAUGUCCAGCGACAGUUCCAGCUAUGCGUUGCAAGUAUGGAUCCUGAGCGCAUGGUUCAACUUCUCCACCACAAUCCCUACCACAUCUCUACACUGCUUCAGGUGUCUGAAAUCGCAAAGCAACAACGAGAGGGUGCUGCUGCCGCAGAUAUGCUAGAGCGUGCUCUGUUCACAUUUGGGCGCUCAGUACACUCCACCUUUGCUGCUAACAUGGCUGCUGGAAAAGCUCGAUUAGACUUCCGCCGUCCUGAGAACCGGGAAUUCUGGCUCGCUGUAUGGCGCUACAUUGCCACACUAGGAGUUCGCGCAACAUGGCGAACGUCUUUCGAAUGGGCUAAGCUGCUACUCUCCAUGGACCCUGAACAAGAUCCUUAUUGUCUCCGACUACUUAUUGACCAGCUAGCUCUGAGAGGUCGAGAACCUGAGGCUCUGAUCAAUUUAGUCGAAGCAGAUUAUCUACAGCGACAGUGGAAGGUACCACCGAACCUCGCUUUCAGUGUUGCACUUGCGUAUGAUCGUAUCAAGGAACCUCAGAAAGCACGCUCGGCGCUGCGUAAUGCUGUCAAGGAGUACCCAUGGAUAGCAGCCCGGCUGUGCAAGGAGCUCGACAUCUCCCCGAUACCGAAGCCAGUGUGGGCCAAGGAACCAAAUAACGACUACCAAGAGGUGCUAUGUCAACUGUAUGUGCCAAAGGCCAAGGACUUGUGGAAUACUACAGAAGGCACUACCUUGCUAGUAGAGAUUUGCUACUCUUUCGAAGAGGAGCUGGGGGCAGGGGAAGACCCAUACUGGCUUGCCCAGAUACCAGAAAAUGAUCUAGCUAGGCAUGUUAUUCUCUCAGAUAACCAGGCGCUCCUGUCACUCCUUGAAGUUCGGGUCAAGUCCAGAUAUACGUCAGUAUCGGACCCCUUGCCGCCUGAUGACAGCAUCGAAUCUUACGACACUUCAACAGCGACAGCUGCAGCAUUUUCUGGACGUCCCAGGAAUGCCGCUCUAUUACAGGAACUACUAGCCGAUCUCGAAAUGUGCCGGGACUAUUUCGAGAGAAUAGGAAUCGAUAGGCUGACGCAGCAAGAUGUGAAUGAUGAGGAUUUAUUGCGGGCGUUGGAAGAGGCAAACAGCAGUUUGGAAGAAUUGAGGAGCUACACAGAACGCUUCCAGCUUGUGCAGGAGAGGCUCCACGUAGAAGGUGUACAGGUGGUAUUGAACGAGCCUCCUGAGGUGCGGGGCAUUGACACUGGCUCAGAUACAGAUGAGUAGGUAGCGGUGGUCAGGUUGCGC